UAUUUUCAGCUAAAAAUAAAUUAUUUAAAUUCAUACUUUAAUAAAUCACAAUUAAAAUUUAAUCUAGCUUAACUACAACAAAGUGAAUUUACAUUCCCAUCAGUAGUGUAUGGAGAGGCUCCUUUUCUCAUACUGUCAAUAAUACAGGAUUUUAUCAAUCUUUUUUUAAGUUUUUUUAAUUUUACCUUUAUUUUUUAAAUUAUUUAUUUUGAGAGAGAGAGAGAUAGUGGGGGAGGGGCAGAGAGGGAGAGAGAGAAUCCCAAGCAGGCUCCGUGCUGUCAGCACAGAGCCCAGUGCAGGGCUCCAUCCUAUGAACUGUGGGAUCAUGAUCAGAGCCAAAAUCAAGAGCCAGACACUUAACUGAAUAAGCCACUCAGGCACCCCUAGGAUUUUAUCAGUCUUUUGACUUUUAGCGAAUUUGGGGGAAAAAAAUGUUAGCAGUCAAUCCCUAACAAAAGUGAGUCAAUGUGAAAAUACCAGUAUCAGACAAAAGAGAAUUCAAGCCAAAAUGGAUUUUGGCAGAGUGAUAUUUUAUUUUGAUAAACCACCCUAUAGCAAGAAAAUAAAACAUCCAUAUGCCUUCAUGUAUUAUAAUUAUGUAAAUAUAUAAUGGCAAUUUUAUAUGAUUCAAUAUAUAUUUUACUACAGAGCUACAAAAACUAUAAUGCAAAGAUUCAGAAAUACAAGAAUAAAUUGCUAACUCUGUACUUAUCACAGAAAUCUUCGAAACAUUUUUUUCAAAGAUGAGCAGAUCGGGAAGAAUCCAUAAGGAUAAAGAGGAUUUGAAUAGCAUAACAACAAGCUUGACCUACAAAAUGGAUGCAGAUAAACAAAAUGUAAAUUUCUUUGCAGAUUUCAAUGGCAUAGUUAGUACCUACCAGCAUACACAUAAGCAUCUUAGAUUAACUGAAAACGUAAGUUGCCUGGGAAUAGUGAUUAAUAUUUUAGUAUAUUAAUAGUUUAUGUUAUAUCCUAAGGAAAGUCAGCAAGAGUAGGAGAAGUAAACAGGAAAAGGCAAGGUGUUUCUAUCAUGUUUUGUGAACAGAGGAAAGCCAGCCAUGAGAAAGAGUGCCUAGUCUCCUGUGGGACUCCCGUGGGACAGCAGAGACCCCUGUGUGCCAGACCUGCUCUGAGCCCCAGGCCCCGUGCUGUCAGAACUCCUGUUUCUGGGUUAAGGAGCUCAGGCUACGCAGAUGCGGCUUGAGAAACACAGCCUCCUAAUCCAGGGGAGUAAGAAGGCUUAGACGUGGGGCCAGGGCGGGAGAGAGCAGAGGAGAGACUGUCUUCAGGAGUGGGGCCUACGUGUGAGGGAGUCACCCUGACUAUGCCAUCUCUCCCUUCACAUCCUCCUCACAGGCCUGAUCUGAUGGAGGUCAAGAGGUGCCUACUGAUGUGAGGUGGGCAGCCCUGAAGGCUUGGCCACGGCUGUGGAUGUCACCGCUGCCUUUCUGGGACAAGACUCCCUCUUCCUUUUGUCAGCAAACAAUUGCUCCCUCAGACCUGCUGUCUGUGUCCUGCAGAAACCUUGUACAUACACUAUGGGAAGUGGUACCUCAACCCAACAUCAUUUUGCUUUCCAGAAUGCAGAGAAAGCCUUCAAGGCAGCAGCCCUAAUCCAGAGAUGGUACCGACGCUACACGGCGCGCCUGGAGAUGAGGCGGCACUGCACCUGGCGCAUCUUCCAGUCUAUAGAGUACGCGGGACAGCAAGACCAGGUCAAGCUCCAUGAUUUCUUCAGCUACCUUGUGGAUCACUUCACCCCCAGCAGCAACCAUGAGAGGGACUUCCUGGACCGCAUGUUCACCGAGGACAGAUUCCCCCAGGACUCUGAGAUGGAGAAAUUCGGUGACUAUGAAUCUAUAGAAGUCCCUGACAAUUACACGGGACCACGCCUCUCCUUCCCACUCCUUCCUGAUCACGCAACUGCCCUGGUGGAAGCUUUCAGACUGAAACAGCAGCUCCAUGCUCGCUAUGUCUUGAAUCUUUUGCAUGAAACCAGGAAACACCUGAUACAACUGCCAAACAUCAACCGGGUCUCCACCUGUUACAGCGAGGAGAUCACAGUGUGCGGAGAUUUACAUGGCCAGUUGGAUGACUUAAUAUUUAUAUUUCAUAAGAAUGGCCUCCCGUCACCAGAGAGGGCCUACGUCUUCAAUGGUGACUUCGUUGAUCGAGGCAAGGAUUCAGUAGAGAUCCUGAUGGUUCUUUUUGCCUUCAUGUUGGUUUACCCAAAAGAGUUCCAUCUUAAUCGAGGAAACCAUGAGGACCAUUUGGUGAACUUACGAUACGGCUUUACCAAGGAAGUGAUGCAUAAAUAUAAGACACAUGGCAAGAAAAUACUAAAAAUACUGAAAGAUGUUUUCUGUUGGCUUCCUCUGGCCACUCUGGUUGAUGAGAAGGUCCUGAUUCUUCAUGGCGGAGUGUCAGACAUGACCGACCUGGAGCUCUUGGCUAAACUAGACAGGCACAAGAUUGUUUCCACCAUGAGGCACAAAACGAGAAAGGAGAACGGGAAACAGGUGAAGAAGGAGGAAGCCAACCAGAAGAGCUCCGCAGGGAGACCCACCCCGUGGUUUCUCCCCCAGAGCCGCUCUCUCCCCGCUUCGCCCCUUCGCCUGGGCUCCCUCCAGGCGCACAGAGCCGGCCGCUCGUCCAGCAUUCCCUGCGGCGCCCCCCGGGACGUGAAGGAGCUAGCCCGGCAGGUGCGGCGCUCCGUGGACCUGGAGCUGGACAGGUGCUGGCAGCAAGCAGGCUUCCCGGUGAGCUGGGGGAAGGAGGAGGCCUCGCCGUGCGAGCCAGAAGCGGAUUCAGGAGCAGAGGAGCCGCUGGAGCCCACGCAGGAGGAGUGGAGGCAGGUGGUAGAUAUACUGUGGAGUGAUCCCAUGGCUCAGGAGGGCUGUAAGGCCAACACUGUUCGAGGAGGAGGCUGUUAUUUUGGACCCAAUGUGACAGAACGGUUGCUACAGAAAUACAACCUGCAAUUCCUGAUCCGCUCACACGAGUGCAAACCUGAAGGCUAUGAGUUCUGCCACAGCCGCAAGGUGUUAACCAUCUUUUCUGCCUCCAACUACUAUGAAGUUGGCAGUAACAGAGGGGCCUAUGUCAAACUGGGGCCAGCCCUGACCCCGUACAUCGUGCAGUAUCAAGCUAACAAGGUGACCCACACACUGACCAUGAGGCAAAGGAUUAGCAGAGUAGAGGAGUCAGCUCUGAGAGCUCUGCGGGAAAAGUUAUUUGCUCAUUCCUCAGAUCUUCUUGGUGAAUUUAAGAAGCAUGAUGCAGAUAAAACUGGUUUAAUUACCUUUAGUGACUGGGCAGAAGCCGUGGAGUCUGUGUUGCAUCUAGGACUGCCAUGGCGGAUGCUGAGGCCACAGCUGGUGAACAGCUCAACGGAUAACACAUUAGAGUACAAGUCCUGGCUGGAGGAUUUGGCCAAAGAACAACUGAACCGUGAGAACAUACAGUCAAGUUUGCUGGAAACACUGUAUCGAAACCGAUCCAACCUGGAGACCAUUUUUAGGAUCAUAGACAGUGAUCAUUCAGGGUUCAUCUCACUGGACGAAUUCAGGCAUACUUGGAAGCUGUUCAGCUCUCAUAUGAACAUCAACAUCACAGAUGACUGCAUCUGUGACCUUGCACGGAGCAUUGACUUCAACAAGGAUGGCCACAUCGACAUCAAUGAAUUCCUGGAGGCCUUCCGUCUUGUGGAGCAAUCCUGCUCAGAGGGCAAUGUCUCAGAUUGCCCACAAACCACAAACACUAAUGACAAUGGCUGCAGCAAACCAGGCACACACUAAGAGCAGCCUGGUGUUCAUUGCCCACGGUGCCUCAUAACCAAUACUGCACUUGUUGCUGGAAUAGCUCCUUUAUUCUCCAUAGAUAUGUGGAAUUUUAUGCUGAGAAUUUGCCUACCAGUGUGCAUCAGAAUCACCUAUUUGGGUGUGUGUGGGGUGUGUGUGUGUGUUUAAAUAUGUAGGUAACCCAACCUUGUCUCAGAAGUUUCACAAGGUAAGACCCAAGUAUAAAUAUUUUUAAAUUCUGAAGUCUACCCCAGUUAAGAACCACUGAUAAUUCAACCCCCUCAUUGUUUUCAUUUUAUACCUUUAACUUAUUGUUUUUAAAAUGUUGUAUUGAGGGACACCCCGGUGGCUCAGUUAAGCAACUCAGGGUCAUGAGUUCAAGUCCCAUAUUGGGCAAUGUGCUGGGCAUGAAGCCUACUUUAAAGAAGAAGGAGAAGGAGAAGGAGGAGAAGGAGAAGAAGAAGAAGAAGAAGAAGAAGAAGAAGAAGAAGAAGAAGAAGAAGUCGUCUUACUUUUUUUAAUGUUUAUUUAUUUUUGAGAGAGGGAGAGUUGGGGAGGGGCAGGGAGUGAUGGGGACAGAGGACCCCAAGCAGGCUCCAUGCUGACAGCAGAGAGCCUGAUGCAGGGCUGAACUCAUGAACCAGGAAAUCAUGACCUGAGCUGAAAUCAGAUGCUUAACUGACUGAGGCACCCAGGUACCCCUUAUUUUUUUUUAAUUAAAUGCUUAUUUACUUAUUUUGAGAAAGAGAGUGAGUAUGAGUGGGAGAGGGGCAGAGAGAAAGGGAGAGAGAAUCCUAAGCAGGCUCUGCACUGUCAGCACAAAACCCUAUGUGGGGCCUGAACCUGGGGACCAUGAUCACUACCUGAGCCAAGAGUUGGACGCUUAACUGAUUGAGCCACUCAGGCCACCGAAAAAUGUCUCAUUGAUAAAGGAAAAUUAUGAAAAAUUGUUUAUGCAAUCCCAUGACUGAAACAUAUGGAUUGUUUUCAUUAUUACUUUUUCUUGUUGUAACUAUAGUUUUUAUAUAAUUUAAUGUUUUGCUUUUUUAAAAAAUAAAUCCAUACCUAAUUGUAAAUACUUACCUGUGUUGCUACAUAGUACUCAUGAUUAUUAGUUUAAUGGCUGCAUAAUUUUCUUCCAGAUGGGUGAACUAUAGCCAUUUUCCAACUGUUAAUCACGUGCAUUGUUUUUAGUUUUCCAUUAU